AUCAGUUUUCUGUGGAAUAGUAAACAUGAAGUUCUUCGUCGUUCUCCUUGCUCUGGCUUUCGCCGCUCCAGCUCUGGGUCGCACCAUGGACCGUUGCUCCCUGGCCCGCGAGAUGUCCGCCAUGGGUGUCCCCCGCGAUCAGCUGAGCAAGUGGACUUGCAUUGCUGAGCACGAGAGCUCCUUCCGCACCGGCGUUGUUGGCCCCACCAACUACAACGGCUCCAACGACUACGGUAUCUUCCAGAUCAACAACUACUACUGGUGCCAGCCUGCCAACGGUCGCUUCUCCUACAACGAGUGCGCCCUGAGCUGCAAUGCUCUGUUGACCGACGACAUCACCAACUCUGUGCGUUGCGCCCAGAAGAUCCAGCGCCAGCAGGGCUGGUCUGCCUGGUCCACCUGGCACUUCUGCGACGGUGCUCUGCCCUCCAUCAACGACUGCUUCUAAGCUUUGCUUUCCCAACACUAUCUUUGAAUAAAUAAAAGCUGAACAUAAAUUGCA